ACCGAGAUAGCAAAAAGACUUAACGCGAUUAUCGCUCAGAUCCUACCUUUUUUAUCACAAGAGCAUCAACAGCAAGUAGCUGCAGCCGUUGACAGAGCUAAGCAAGUCACCAUGACAGAAUUGAACGCCAUCAUAGGACAACAACAUUCGGGUAUCGCCCAUCUAAUGCAACAAAUGCAUGCCCAACAGUUACCACCACAUGCCCAUGGUCCUCCCAUCGCUAUGAUGCCCCAUGCGGCAAUGGCCGGCUUACAGCCACCUACAGUGCCACCUAGCAGCGCAGCUAGUCUCCUAGCCUUUUCAGGACCUUUGACAGGAAGUACUCCCACAUCUCACCACCCAGGAGGUUCUUCAAGUUCGUCUUCGGCUUUGAAAGAACACCGAGAUGAAAAACGUGCAAAUGUGAACGACGAGAGGCAGAGGAACUCGUCAUCGCCUCACGAGAGAGACAAACAGCGAAGUCGAUCUCCCGAAAUAAGUAUGGAAAAAAAACGUAGGCGAGAAGAAAAGGUGGACCACGCCAGUGAUGACGACAAAAGCGACCAAGACCUUGUUGUCGAUGUUGCCAAUGAGGAUUCCGUUUCGCCAUCUAAUGGGCAGCCCUCCCCAAGGGAAAACGGACUGGACCGGUCACUGAAGAGGGAGAGACCUCCCAGUCGAAGUGGGUCGUCCUCGAACAGAAGUACCCCCAUUGCUUCAAAACACAAGGAUCACGUGAAUGACAAACCUCCAACUCCUGUCUGUAAGUCCCUAACACCAAACAGUUCGGGAAGCGUAAACUCCAUCUCGGGCAAUAUGAAAGGAAUUUCGAAACAGCCGUCUAUGGGGCCUACGUAUCCAUACCCCAUGUCUAGUGGGGCUUCUGGGUCUCAUGGGACUGUUCCUACUGACCUAAGUUCCAACUCGUCUUACUCCCAAGGUAUGCUUCAUAACAGCUUGUCCCCGGCUCUCAACUCGUAUUCCAGAACAAUGGUUGGAUAUGACUCGCACCAGUCUAUCAGGCCACCAGGAUUCGGCUCAAUAGCAGGAGGAAAACCAGCUUAUUCUUUCCACGUCAGUGCAGAAGGGCAGAUGCAGCCCGUUCCUUUCCCACCUGAUGCUCUGAUUGGUCCGGGAAUUCCUCGACAUGCCCGUCAAAUUAAUACACUCAGUCAUGGGGAAGUUGUUUGUGCUGUUACCAUAAGCAGUCCAACCAAAUACGUCUACACUGGGGGAAAGGGCUGUGUUAAGGUUUGGGAUAUUAGCCAACCCGCUAGUAAAACUCCUUAUUCUCAGCUUGAUUGUUUGCAAAGAGACAGUUAUAUACGUUCGUGCAAGCUGUUGCCUGACACCAGGACACUUGUCGUGGGAGGAGAGGCCAGCACAAUAUGUAUCUGGGAUUUAGGAGCACCCACCCCCCGGAUUAAGGCCGAGCUAACUUCAAGUGCUCCAGCUUGCUAUGCUCUCGCCAUCAGUCCUGAUGCCAAGGUGUGUUUCAGCUGUUGCAGUGAUGGAAACAUCGCUGUCUGGGACCUUCACAACCAGGCUUUAGUAAGGCAAUUCCAGGGCCACACUGAUGGGGCUAGUUGCAUAGACAUAUCUAGUGAUGGAACUAAGCUGUGGACUGGUGGACUAGACAACACUGUAAGAUCCUGGGAUCUUAGAGAAGGUCGCCAGCUACAGCAACAUGACUUUACAUCACAAAUAUUUUCCUUGGGCUACUGCCCGACUGGAGACUGGCUCGCUGUGGGCAUGGAAAGUAGCAACGUGGAAGUUCUACACUGUAGCAAACCCGACAAGUACCAGUUGCAUCUGCACGAAAGCUGUGUUCUUUCCUUAAGGUUUGCAUCUUGUGGGAAGUGGUUUGUCAGCACAGGAAAAGAUAACCUACUUAACGCUUGGAGGACGCCCUAUGGGGCUAGUAUAUUUCAGUCGAAGGAGGUUUCCUCUGUGCUCUGUUGUGACAUAUCUUCGGAUGAUAAGUACAUCGUUACGGGUUCUGGAGAUAAAAAAGCCACGGUGUACGAAGUGAUCUACUGAGGGGAGGAGGGAAACACGAGAAGAGGAAACAAAACGGUGAAAAAAGAAACUAAAAGGAGAUUGUGAAACUCUUCGCUGAUCAAGUACUGAACUAUAAACAUUCAAGUGAGCCGUGCCUAAAGUCCCGGAUGAGUUAUUGGGUUAGGCCGUACUAAGAAACAGAGUCAUAGAAAAUCGAGACAAAAGGUUAGGGUUCUGAAUGAAUGUUCUACCGAAGUACGUGGGAUAGUUCUGAUUAAACUACUGACUUUUUUAAAUAGACAUCAAAAUUUUAUUAUUUGGUACAUUUCGGAGUUGAAUAUGAAUUUAAAGUUUGCUUGGAAAGGUACGUACUAAGAAAUACCAAGCGUGGAAUAUAACGUGGACCCUACCCAAAAAAAAAAGUAAAAUCAGUGACACCGUUGAAUUACUCGUGUGUUGACGUUACUGACGUUAUGGUGACUAUGUAAGUAAUGCUAAAAGAAUCUCAGUUCAUUUUCCCACAAUAAGAAAAAAUCUCUCAUGUCCUGGAUAUUGUUCCUGCAACUCCUUCAUUCGUCAAAGUGGACCUAUUUUUGUAGUGAAUAUAGCUAUGUGCUACACGUAUUUUUUCUCACUUUCCUGUGAGCUUUGUGUUCCAAAAUCCUAAAAAAAAUAUACGUGAUUUUGUGAUUCAUUUGUUUGAUCUCAGUCGACAGUGAAAGGUUCUCACAGAGUUUUCGUUUUUUUUUUUCUCCAGAGGAUUGUGAUAGAGCUGUGUUUGUUAGUUGUUCAAAAAGCUAUCUCCGUUACGCUUCAUCCGAACUCAUUAGGCCAAUAAACAAGUGCACUCUGCAUUAAGGUAAAGAAAUGGAAAGACGUUUGGUAUUUAAUUCUUUAUGUUUCUGUAAUAUUCAAUUUUGUUUACGAAGCUGUAGAUUUUCAAUUUUCUUUGCACUUCUUUAUCGUGUCCUUGAGAAUUCGAACGUUUUGUGACUGUUGCUCAAAAGGCUUAGUUGUAUAUGUACAUUAACGAAGUAGCAGCAGUGUAUUACUUAUCUGUUUGCACUCACAUUUUCUGAACUUAUGUGAAAGUCGUUAAAAUAAACAGGUUUAUUGAAUCGUA